CCAGUCUCUUUAUUUUCCGCUGUUGCUUAGUUUAGUUUCAUUGCCUCUGAAAAAGCAAUCGUUUAGAAGCAAAAGGUCCAUCCAAAUGGAAGUAGACACGAUACAGAAACCAGCCCUGGCAGUCGAUCCACCGGAUGAAAACUUUGAUCCAGACCUUGUACCGGAAACGGGCGAACAGUACUUACAGAAGGUGAUGUAUGAGCGGGGCAAGUGUCCCGUUGUUGUCGUCGCCGCAAAGCCACACAAUCGUCACAAUCGACAGAAAGCAUUAACGGGCCUAGGUGCAGUGCCAACGGAUGAUGUGAAAAAUGUAGCGCCACAGGCGCUGAUGCCAACAAAAGAAUGGGAGUCAAUGCAGAAUCAAAAGUUUGCCGAAUUGCGCGAUAUCAUCACCUCGUACCGUGGCAGCGCGCAGUAUAGCGAGAACCUACAGCGGACACACGUCUUUCUGAACUUUGACGACCGCAAGCAGCUGCACGAGUACUGCGCCAACAACCUGCCAUACGUGCGAAUUCUGCUCAGUAUUCCACAACGCAAUUUGGAAAUGCUACUUGAAUAUCUGCACGAAUGGUUGCAGGACUCGGAGCCAACCUCCGGUCAGUCGUCCCAGGAUGAACCGUCCGAUCCGGAACUGUGCGAUGCAACGUCGACAAUGACGCCCACUGGCUCGAAAGAACCGCUUCGUACUGGCUGCCGCAAGGAUUGGAUCACGCAAUGGAUCUACGCUAUCCUCGCCUGCCUGAUCCUUCCGCUCGAGCCGUACAUUCAUAGUGUGCUGCGGGACAUUGCCAAAUCCUGCAUCACACUGCGAAAUGAGCUGAAGCAGGAGGACGAGGCUAAGGUUUUACCGCUCAACCUACUGAUAAGCAUAAUUUCGAAGAAUUUCAAACAGGCCGAUUUGGCCGAUAAUGUCCCUUAAACAUUGCAGGGGUCGUGAUUUUUUUAAUUAUAUUUUUAAUGGCAAUUAUAUGUAACAUCAAAAGAUUAGGGAGCCUUAAAUGAUAAAACAAAAUAUGUCUCAUACUCUA